AUGCCAGAAAGAAAAGGUCUAGACGAUUAUUUCAUGUACCGGUACCCCCCAGACUAUCAACUUGAGCCCUUCCUUAGGACUCCGUCGCCCAUCUCAUCAUCGAGCAGAAUCGUGCCAAAGAAUCCUGCCGAAAUUGAUGAGUCACCUAAAAAGACUGUAGCUGAAAUUUUCAAGGCUACGGUUUGGGCAAAGCUCGAGCAGUCCAAGAAAAGUGAAAGCCAAGGACCAGAUGCCGAUCAAUCGGAUAAAGUCGCCGCUUCCAAGUUGUCAGAUUUGAAGGGAAAAGCCCUAGAAGAGAGGAAGAUGAAAGAUCUUCUCGAGGAAAACAUGGCACGUGAAAGGAAGAUUGCUGAAUUGCAGAGAGAAAAUGAAGAGCUUGCGAAUAAAAUUCGUGAAUUGAACGAGAGAUUAGAGGAGAGAUUGGAAGAGAGAGUGAAGGGAAUAUUGGAAGAGGUGGCCCGAAAAGAACAAAUUGUUCUUGAAGACGGACAGCGCUGGGUCCAAAAAAAUCUUACGGUGAAUAUAAGAGAGAACGCUGUAAGAGAGAAGGAUGCUUUACAAGAAGCAAAAUCAACAACGUUGCUUCAAAGAGAAGAUAAGGUGCGCGAAAGGGAAGAGAAUGUGCUCCGAAGAGAAAAGCAGGUCCUCGAACAAGAGGAAAAGAUGGCACAACUUCAAAAACAAUUGAACGGAAAAGCGUCCAAAUUGGUUAAGACAGAACGAUUAGUAGAACGUUUCUUUAAAGAGAUAAAAUUAACCAUGCCGAAAGAGGAGGAUUUGGAACCGGAGUUGUGA